GGAAAGGAUAGCCCUCCAAUCCAUCUUCGGCGGCCACACACUGAUUCAAUUUUCAUCUGCAAAACAUAAAAGAAAAUUCAAAAUGGCAACGGCAGCGGCAACCUCCUCCAUGGCGGCCACCGCCGUUUUCAUGCCUCCGCGGCUUCCCUACGCCACUUCCAGACUCGCUCGCUGCUCUAAUUUGCCAUACCUUCCACCUCGCGUAUCCACCACUUCCAUUAAACAAGUCUCAGAGUCUCGAAGGCUUUCUCUCGUUCCGAUUAGGGCCACUUCUUCGGAAGAGUCUUCCACUUCAAUUGAUACUGAAGAGAUUUUUACAGAUUUGAAGGGGAAGUGGGAUGCAAUUGAAAACAAGUCUACUGUAAUUCUUUAUGGAGGUGGAGCAAUAGUUGCUGUUUGGCUCUCAUCAAUUGUUGUUAGUGCCAUCAACUCGGUACCUCUGCUUCCGAAGAUCAUGGAGCUGGUUGGGCUUGGAUACACAGGGUGGUUUGUCUAUCGAUACCUUCUCUUCAAGUCGAGCAGAAAAGAACUGGCUACAGAUAUUGAGGUUCUGAAGAAGAAGAUUGCUGGAACUGAAUAGAUCGAUCUGUGUUGUUGAUGUAUUGUCAUAUAUGAGUAUUAUUUCUGAUCAUCAUUUUGUUUCGAUCCUUGGCGUCCCGUGCAAGAGCGUAAAUGUACCUGUUAUGUAGAAUAGGCCAUUGGUGAACCCCUAAACUGUAUUUUGCCCAUUUCAUUUAAUAAAGAAUUGACAUCUUUAUGUGUGUGUUCAA